AUGACAACUCUUGCCAAGAUGCAACCCGCAGGGUCUGCCAUUCACAGACGCCAUUCCCGAUUAUCAACCACAUCGUCUCUCCCCGAAUAUGAGGUUGGCGACUAUGUCCAACUCCAGGCGCUUUCCGCCACCGCCUCGCAGUCCGAGUCGUCCUCGCUGCCCGACUACGACGCCCUCAGCACCUCGCCCUCGACCUCCAGCGCUGCCGCCGCCGCCUCGGCCGUGACGGCCUUCCGCCACACCACCGCCUUCCAGAUCGAGACGGCCGGGCACCCGCUCUUCCACCUGCCGCUGCCGCCGCGACCGGUGCCCAUCCCCGUGCUGCGCGUCUCCGCCGACGGCGCCCUCGGCGACCUCGCCUACGAGUCGCUCCGCGCCCGACGCGGCUCCGGCAGCUGUACGCUCGUCCGCGGCGGCGACGGCGCCGAGGCGCCCGUCUGCAGCACCAGCUACCGCUUCGGCCCGGGCAAGAACCCCCAGUUGCGCCUGCACGGCCGCCUCGCCGACCCGGCCGAGGUGUACGAGGUGCAGGGCAAGGGCAUCGCGACGCGCGCGCAGGCCGUCCGCACCCACCUCGGCACCUUUGAGUGGCGCUACGCCGGCCGCGCGGACCGCAGGGCGCUCGGCGCCAGCAGCCUGCUGCUCCUGGAGCGCGUCACGGUCGUCGCGCUGGCCGGCGGGAAGAAGAAGGAGGAGCGCCGCGUCGUCGUGGGCAUGUUCGUGCGGAGUGCGGAGCUGCGUACGCAGGGCACGAGCGGGUGCACGGCGGGCAACGGCGGGCGGCUGCUGCUCAACUUGGCGGAGUGGGCGGAUGAAAAGCUCGCGCACGAGCAGAUGGAGAUUCUCGCCAUUGCGAGCUGCAUCGUCAUGCUCAAGAAGGAGAUUGACAGACGUCGCGUACAGCAAUGCAUGAUGAUGAGUGGAGGUGGCGGUGGCCCUUGA